CUCUUCCUGCUUCUCCACCACCUUCACCGUCUCGCUAACUCUGAUCAUGCAAUCCAACGCCCUUCUCGAACCGACAGUCCGUAUCAGAACUCUGAAAAGAGACAGAGUGAACUUUGUUCUUGAAAAUGCAGAGCUAGCUUUCGCCAACUCGUUACGGAGAGUGAUGAUGGCAGAUCUUCCAACAAUUGCUAUCGACAUGGUGGAGAUCGAGACAAACACGACCGUGCUCCCCGAUGAAUUCAUCGCACACCGACUUGGCAUGAUCCCCCUCGUAAGCGCGAACUGUGACGAAGCUAUGCGGUAUAACAGGGACUGCACAUGUGCAACGAACUGUUCCGCCUGUUCCGUCAAACUCCACUUGAACGUCGCAUGCCACGACAACCGAACCAUGGACAUCACGAGCAAUCAUCUCGAUGUCGUACCGCACGACUACACGGAUUAUGCGGCGGACGAGCAGCAAGAGGAGUUUCAUAAGCGGAUCGACACGUUUGGUCAUCCUGUGGGGAAAAAUGACCCAAAUGUUCAGCCCGUUCUCAUAUGCAAAAUUCGCAAGGGACAAGAGCUUAAGGUCCGCUGCAUAGCCAAAAAGGGUAUCGCAAAAGAGCAUGCCAAAUGGUCUCCAUGUUCCGCCGUGUCUUUCGAGUACGACCCACACAACAAACUUCGCCACACAUCUUACUGGUUCGAGGGCGACGCCCGCUCAGAAUGGCCACUCAGUGAAAACGCGAAGGAGGAAGAGCCACCUAGAGACGACGAGCCUUUCGAUUACAAUGCAAAGCCAAACAAGUUCUACUUCGAGGUCGAGACGGACGGAAGUCUUGGUCCACAAGAGGUUGUCAUGAAGGGUCUUGGAGAACUCCAAACAAAACUAGCCAACCUCAUCCUCGGUCUCAAAUCCGACCAACUCCCCUCCACAGACACCGCUCUCCCCGGCACCGGUCCCUCCGCCCCAGGCGCACCCCAAACCAACGGCAUCAACGGCACCACCGCCGGCUCUCCCUCAGUACCCAGCUGGGGCACCGGUGCCGCUCACCCAUCGCCACCCCCAGGUUGGAAUUCAUCCCCGAACGGUACCGGAAUUCCUGCCUGGGGCGCCUCACCCACCGCUGGAGGUGCAUGGGGGGCGAGUCCCGGCGGUGCGGGUUCGCCUGCUGCGGCUCCUCCUGCGUGGGGGAAUGUGGCUGCUACGAGAGGGGCUUGGGGCGACGCGGGGGCGUCGACGAGUCCUGCGUGGAAUGCGGGAGCUGGGAGUCCUAGACAGCAGGGUGGAUGGAACGUUUGAUGGUUUUUUGGCAUUUGUGGCCUGCGUUCUGUGUCGUCUGUGUCAUGUCCGUCAUUGACGUGGUGCUUGUACUGCUUUCUCUGAAUAUAUAUUUUUGUUUGGGUGCUCGCUGCU